AUGGGUUCAGGUUAUAGGGCCGGUUAUUGGCAACAACUGGUUACUUCCAUGGCAGUAUUAUUCGGGAUACUCUACUACGGACAGGGAUAUGACUACUCCAACUUCGAUAAUAUCAAAGGGGCUUUUUAUAUGAUAAUAAUGAGAUGUUCAGUGACACAGUCACUGUUCGCACUCACUACAUUCAUAGGAGAAGAAGCCUUACUUUGUAGGGAACACCACAACCGUACGUACGCUCUGUUUCCAUAUAUGUUGGCGACCUUUAUUAUCCAGAAAUCCUAA